ACUAGCGGCGUCUUUCCGUUGGGCAGCGUGGUGACGGUAGACGCCGGUGCUACAGCGCUCUGCUUCAUCGACUAAAUCAUUAGUGAGCGUGUAAGAUCUGCUCAAACAUGCCUUGUCGAAAAGAAAAUUACAUCUUUUUGGAGCAGUCUGUGACCGUCGAUUCGAAAGAGGUGGACGCUCUGGUGACUAAAAUCGGCGAGGUGCUUCAGCUGCACAACAAUAGCGCGACACAGCAAAGCAUGUCGCGUCUCCACAGCAGCAGCAGCAGCAACAGUAACAUCACACAGACCAGCGCGACCGCUCAGAAGAGAAAUGGCUGCUGUAUGCGGCUCCGCGGGGGCAGAAACGCUCGCAGCCGAGCCAGUCCGUACAACAUCCCCGGCUCCAGCGAUCAGGAAUGGGACAGUUUUGCAACGUGGAAGCGGAAAGGACUGGAUGUUACAGGUGGUGAAGAUGAUCCGCAUCAGCUCUUACAGGAACUGAUACUGUCUGGAAAUCUGAUUAAAGAAGCGGUUAGAAGGAUUCAGUUCUCAUCGGAAGCGCAGCGUGAUUUCUCCAAACAGAUCGACUGAACCUGAGAGAGAGAGAGAGAGCGCGGACAGACGGACGGACGGACACCACGUUUUCUUUACAUGAAGAUGAUUUACAUCGGGUCACGUCCUUAGCUAACUAGCCAGCGAGUUCACCAGCUAACACUAUUACAAGGACGCCGUUUUGUAAAGAAACCGACUUUAUUUCGAAUAAAGUGUUUUCUAUGA